AUGGCUGAUCCGUGGAAUCGAGGACAUGGUGCUGUGGAUGACAUGCUGGACGCUGAAAACAGGCUAAUGGCUGAAAAUCUGGCCAGUAAAGUCUCUAGACUUAAAUCUCUGGCGUAUGACAUUGACAAAGAUGCUGAAGAACAGAAUAGCUACUUGGAUGGCAUGGACUCUAAUUUCCUCAGCGCAACUGGCCUGCUGACUGGAAGCGUGAAGAGGUUUUCCACAAUGGUACGAUCCGGCCGAGACAACAGAAAGAUCUUGUGUUAUGUGUCUGCCGGUUCGGUUGUGGCCUUCUUCCUGCUGUAUUAUCUAGUGACACGGAUCCAGAACUAAUGGCUCAUUUGCUAAGAUUUUAGAACCGGUUUCUCAGUUCUAUGAGAAUUUUUUGGAUGCUCUGUUUGAUUCUUUUAUGAGGUGAUUUCAGAAAAGUGUUCAGCAAAUGACUUCCCAUUCAUAUAAAAGAGGAACGACUGCAGUUUGAGGAUGAUUGAUUACAUUAAACUUUAUUUGAGCAAGCGCUUUGUUUACGCUAUUAGAAUUGGUCUAUUCUGUGUAUAUUUUUAUUCAUAAUCGAAAGUAUAAUAGUUGCUGUUUUAUUUCAAAUUAAUUAAAAACAUUUUUACAUUACCAUGCUUUAUAUUUUUAUCGUUGUAGAUUAUGAAAGAAAAUGUAACUAAACGAAUACUAUUUUGAUAAUUAUGUACAUUAAAAUGAUUUUAAAUGUAA